UGUGUAAUUUGCCAUGGUUGUGGUUGGCUGGUUCGGAGUCACCGCGUUCCGGCACCCCGUCCCCAAGACUGUAGGAAUCGGGCCUCCAUGAUGACUGACCAUUUGGCGGACCUACUGUCUGGGGCAGCACUGGACACCUCUACCACCACUCUGAGCUUUGCAAACAGGGGCCUUAAACUUGACACAGAGGAAGAUGCCAAGGAGAUCACGACGGCCAUAGGCAGCCAGAAGACACUGAAGUCACUAGUCCUGGAAGGAAACACUCUGGGGAUAGGUGCAGCCAAGGCCAUCGGAAAGGCUCUGGAAAGCCACCCAGAGCUUCAGGAGAUCCACGGAAAAGACCUCUUCACAGGCAGGCUGAAAACAGAAAUUCCCCAGACCCUGACAUUCGUGGGCAGCGGGCUGAUUUUGGCGGGCGCUCGGCUAGCCGUGCUCGACCUGAGCGACAACGCGAUCGGCCCGGUCGGCAUGGACGGACUGCACGUGCUGCUGACCAGCCCCGUCUGCUACAGCCUGCAGGAACUGCUCUUCAACAACAACGGCUGGGGGCCCACCGGCGGCCAGCGGCUGGCCGACUGCCUGAUCGAGUGCCACGAGCGCAGCGUGCGCGACGGCGCGCCGAUGCGGCUGCGCGUGUUCGUGUCGGGCCGCAGCCGGCUGGAGAACCCCGGCGCCAGCCGGCUGGCCGAGUUCUUCCGGCGGGUGAAGACGAUGGAGAAGGUGGUGAUGCCGCAGAACGGCAUCUACCACCAGGGCGUGCGGGCUCUAGCGGAGGCGCUCAGCGAGAACCCGGCCCUGCAGCAUCUUGAUCUCGACGACAAUCUGCUCACUCCCAAAGGGGCCCGCGCGCUGGCCGCGUACCUGCCGCUGAUGAGCGAGCUGCGCGUGCUCAACCUCAACGACUGUCUGCUGAAGUCGGCCGGAGCGCGGGCGCUGGCGGACGCGCUGCGGGGCAACAACCCCAAGCUGACGGAGCUGCACAUGGCCUUCAACGAGGUGGCGACGCCGGCGGCGCUGUCCGUGGUGGAGGCGCUCGCCGACCACGGCCAGCUGGAGCUGCUCCAGCUCGACGGCAACCACCUGGGCGAGCGGGGCAUCACGGCCGUGCGCCAGGCAGCCGCCGACCGCGGCCUGGCCGACAGCCUGGCCGGCUUCAGUGAGGACGAAAGCGAACCGGACUCGGAUGAGAAGGACGACGAAGACGAGGAGGACGAGGAGGGGGAGGAGGAGGAGGAUGAGGAGGAACAUAGCGAUGGCGAGCACGUGUCGCCUCUGAAGCGGCCCGACCCGGCUCCGGCCAAGUGCACCGUCGCCGAGUUCCUGCGCCAGCCGACGGCGGCGCGCCUGCUGGCUCUGGGCGGCGAUCGGCGAGCGCAGCUGGUUCGCGAGGCGAACGGGACGGAGGUGCCGGCGGACGCGGCGGCGACCGUGCGCCGCCACCUGGAGGUGCUGUCGGCCGUUUGUCGCGUGGACGCGGCGGCCGGCCCGGCGGCGGACGUGCUGCCUGGCCUGGUGGACGGCCUGUUGGAGUCGGCGCUGCGGGCCGCCGGCGGCAACCUGGGACUGUUCGCCAACACGCUGCUCGUCUACCUGGGUCUCAUCAAGUGCGAGGACAAGAAGUUCUCGGUCAGCUGGGACGUCAAGGGCAUGAUCGUAGCCCUGACCCGGGCUGUGCAGCAGGCCUACUUCCCGGCCUCUGUGCGGAAUACGCUGCAGACUUUCCUCAGCAGGCCCAACAAGACCAUCGACGUACACCCGAAGCAGAAGCACCUGCUAAUGCAGGCGCUGUACCAGUAGCGCGCGUUUAGACAUUGGCAUCUAUGUUCGAUUCCUCAUCGUGUACACUCCAGUCAUGAAUAAAUUCGCACACAAACGAA